GUAUCCCGCGCACUCAGCGCGGCGGAAAAACAUUACUCACAAAUAGAGCGAGAAGCUUUAGCUAUUGUUUACUGUUUCGAAAAAUUGCACCAGUAUCUGUAUGGGAGGUCCUUUACGCUACGCACCGACCAUAAGCCUUUAGUGACAAUUUUCGGUCCCAAACAAGGUAUUCCAUCGAUGACCGCUAGCCGGUUGCAGCGGUGGGCGAUUAAGCUGUCCGCAUAUACCUAUACGAUAGAAUACAUCCCAUCAAAACAGAAUGGAGCGGACGGGUUGUCACGUUGGCCCGCGGCGAGCGCAGUAGACAAACAAACAAGGCAGGUACCGGAGCAAACUUUUUUGCAUUUCGCACAAAACGCUGUUUUAUUAGAUUAUAAUGAAAUUAAAAAACAAACUGGUCGGGACCACUUGUUAGGCAGAAUAAUAAGGUAUAUACGUACGGAGUGGCCAACUGAUUGUGAAAUCAAGACAUUACAACCUUAUUAUAAUCGUAAGCAGGAAUUAUAUGAGGAACUGGGGUGCAUCUUAUGGGGACAUAGGGUGGUAAUUCCGGAGUCUUGUAGGGAAAAGGUACUUACAGUGUUACAUGAGGCUCAUAUGGGGAUCGUAAAAACCAAAGCUUUUGCGAGAAGCUAUGUGUGGUGGCCAGGGAUGGACGAGGCCAUAGAAGCUAUGUGCCGGGGGUGCGGGGUAUGCGCAGCGGAGGCGGAUAUGCCACCGCGACAUGCGCCGUGUCCUUGGCCAUGGCCGGAUAAGCCUUGGUCACGUAUACACAUGGACUUUUUAGGACCGAUAGCAGGGAAACUUUUCCUCGUCAUAGUAGAUGCCAGAAGUAAGUGGAUUGAGGUUAGCCAAGUGCCAAGUACAGCAGCGGGUUAUACGGUUAAAGUACUUAGUGACGUCUUCGCAAGAUACGGUUUGCCUAAACAAAUCGUCUCUGACAAUGGGCCACCAUAUACAAGUCAGGAAUUUGCACAAUUUUUAAAUAGUAACGGUAUCGAGCACAUUUUUUCAGCGCCAUACCACCCGGCAUCGAAUGGGGCGGCAGAGAAUGCAGUUCGUACUGUUAAAAGGGUAAUUAAAAAAGCCAUAAGAGAGAACAAAGACGUUACAUUAUCGUUAAAUAGUUAUUUACUAUAUUAUAGGAACACGGAACAUUGCACGACGGGCGAAACGCCAGCAGUGUUGAUGGUAGGUCGUAGGCUGCGUACCAAGCUCGAUGCACUUACACCGAGCCGGAAUGACGCGGUUAAAAAGGCACAAAGUCGCCAAAGGGACCAGGGGCCGAAGGGGACACGUCAGCUAGGCAAGGGGGAAGAGGUUUGGUUACGUCAAGGCGGGGGAAGAGAAAGAUGGGUGCCGGGAACAGUAGAGGAAAGGAUAGGUAUUACGGAUUAUAGAAUAGUAGAUGCUUUAGGCAGGGUAACACAUAAACACAUCGAUCAACUAAAGAGACGGAUACGGAGUUCAUUGAUCGGCCCUUCUAUUCCGACACAGCCAAGUGGGCACGAUGAAGCGCCAACCGCGGAGCCUGGAGAACCCAGUCCAAGCAAUAGGUCAAGGGGCGAUUCAUCGAGAACCCCCGAGACGCCAGUGACGCCGAUGACGCCCGCGACAGUUUCCGUUUCUCCUAACAGCGGUGGGCAGGAUGAAUUCUUUGAGAGUAGGGAGCACCAGAGCCCGGGUACCUUUCAGGCUUCAACACCUACCCCUGAACCGGUUCAUAAGUUUUGAUUUACUAGUAGUCAUUUAUAAUUUACCUAAGUUUAGUAAUAAGUAUGGUGUUGGUUUAUAUAAUUGUUAGACAAUAAGAUAGGCUUACCUGUAAUAGAUCUAAGUAAGUAA